UGAAUCCGGUGGGGGACCCAGGCCUCCCAUCCAGAACAAAAUGAACUCCCGGGAGCGCCAGGCCUUUGCCCUCAGAGCUGUCUGCAAGGGAAACUGAGGCUAGCUGUGCUUCUUGUCCACGGUGCAGUGGGGAGGGGUAGCUCAGGGGUUGUAGCAUUGGCCUGCUAAACCCAGCGUUGGGAGUUCAAUCCUUAAGGGGGCCAUUUAGGGAACAGGGGUAAAAAUCUGUCUGGGGAUUGGUCCUGCUUUGAGCAGGGGGAUGGUCUAGAUGAGGUCCCUUCCCACCCUGGUAUUCUAUGAGUCUAAUGUGUGUCGAGGCCUCAGGGCAGCCAGCCCCUGCCCCACAGGGCAUGCAGUUAGAGAACAGGAGAUGGUGAGAUUGGGGACAGGGAAGCUGGAACAGAAGCCAGUCCAGGGGUCUCAGGUCUGUGCUGUCAGUCCAUGCCUCAGUUUCCCCAAUUAUAAAAUGAGGGUGAUGGCCCGGGUUUGCCAGGAUAAAUGCAUGAAAGACUGAGCGGUGCUCGUGUACUAUGGGGACCAUACAAGUGCUCGACCCAAACGCAGCUCGCCCGGCUGAGAUCCCCUCCGUUUCUGGUCCUGGCGGGGCUUGGCUUUGAAGACCCUGCCCUCUGGGCCGGUGCUGGGAGCAGCAGGUUUGCUCUGGGGCUCCUGGCUGAGUGCUCCUAUUUACUGACAGUGCAAAUAUUUAUCAGCAAAAGGGGACCAACGCAGCUGCCUUAUCAGCCAGCGUGGGCUAGAGUCAAUAUUUUCACCCCUCCUGUGCCUCCGUUCCCUGCUCCUCUUUGGGGACCUCUUAUCUGCCAAAGAAAAUAAUAUUUACCAAUGCCGGCCCUCCUGCCUGCUGCUUACUACUGAAUGUCGUUCCCCCCUCCCCGGUGCCAUCUGUGACUCUUUGGUCCUGGCAUCUGGCAGUCUGGAUUUGGCCUGCAGUCUGCCUGUCGACCACCCCAAAUGCGCUUGGAGCUGUACAAAGCCCCAACAAAUACAGCCUGCGACGUCUCCGACCGGCUCUGUCUCUAGCCCCGAACCCCGCACCUCCCCACGGGCUGGGGGAUGUCCCCAGAUCCUCCCCGAUCAUGAGCGCCGGCUGCGAGCCGGGCCAGGCGCCCUUCGAGGAGGGAAGCGUGGGCGGGGCCGGCUCCGGAGCCCCCCGGCGGGCCCGGGCCACUGACGACAUGGACGCCACCAGCAACGGCUCCAGCGGCACCGAGUCGCACGGGCGGGACUCCCUGCACAGCGACCGCAGCAGCAGCGGGAACGGCAAAGACUCGGCCCUGCUGGAGACCACCGAGAGCAGCAAGAGCACCAACUCGCAGAGCCCAUCUCCCCCCAGCAGCUCCAUCGCCUACAGCCUGCUGAGCACCAGCUCCGAGCAGGACAACCCCUCCACCAGCGGCUGCAGCAGCGAGCAGUCUGCGCGGGUGAAGACCCAGAAGGACCUGAUGAAGGCGCUGAAGGAGAUGAAGAUCCGGCUGCCCUCGGAGAAACGCGGCAAGGGCCAGUCGGGCACCUUGGCCACCUUGCAGUACGCGCUGUCCUGCGUCAAGCAGGUCCAAGCCAGCCACGACUACUACCAGCAGUGGGCCAUCGACGAGAGCCAGCCCUGCUACCUGGACGUGGCCACGUACACCAUCGCCGAGCUGGAGGGCAUGACCUCCGAGUACACCCUCAAGAACCCCGACACGUUCGCCGUGGCCGUCUCCUUCGUCACGGGCAAGAUCCUCUACAUCUCGGACCAGGCGGCCUUCGUCCUGCACUGCAAGAGGGACGUCUUCAAGGGGGCCACCUUCGCCGAGUUCCUGGCCCCCCAGGACGUCAGCAUCUUCUACGGCUCCACCGCCCCCUACCACCUGCCCUCCUGGAGCACCUGCACCUCGGCCACUGCGGCCGCUGUGGACUACACCCAAGAGAAAUCGGUCUUCUGCCGGAUCAGUGGAGGCCGCGGCCGUGGGCGCGAGCUGUAUUACACCCCCUUCCGGCUCACCCCUUACCUGGCCAAGGUGCGCCCCGCGGCCGGCGCCGAGGGCCAACCCUGCUGCCUGCUCAUCGCCGAGCGCAUCCAUUCGGGAUACGAAGCUCCCCGGAUCCCGCCCGAUAAACGGAUCUUCACCACCAGACACACCCCCAGCUGCUUGUUCCAGGACGUGGACGAGAGGGCUGCCCCCCUGCUGGGUUACCUCCCCCAGGACCUGAUUGGCACGCCCGUCCUCUUCUACCUGCACCCGGAGGACAGGCCGCUCAUGCUGGCCAUCCACAAAAAAAUUCUCCAGUGUGGCGGGCAGCCCUUCGACCACUCCCCGCUCCGGUUCUGCACCCGCCACGGCGAGUACGUCACCAUCGACACCAGCUGGUCCAGUUUCGUUAACCCCUGGAGCCGUAAGAUCUCCUUCGUCAUGGGGCGCCACAAAGUGCGCACGGGUCCCCUCAACGAAGACGUCUUCAUGGCCCCCAAGGCGCUGAAGAUGCGACCGCUGGAGCCAGACAUCCAGGAGCUCUCGGAGCAGAUCCACCGGCUGCUGCUUCAGCCUGUGCACAGCAACGGCUCCGUGGGGCUCUGUAGCAUGGCCAGCAACACCUCCCACGAGCAGUUCCUGAGCGCGGCCUCAUCCAGCGACAGCAACGGCCUCCUCGCCGAGGAGACGCCGGCCCAGCGGCCGAUGACUUUCCAGCAGUUCUGCAAGGACGUGCACAUGGUGAAGAACCAGGGCCAGCAGAUGUUUAUCGAGUCCCGGACCAAGCCGCCGCCUGCCAAGCCCCCCACCGCAGGCCUGGAGAUGUCCCAGGACGGCAAUGGGCCAGGCAGGGAGGCCCCAUGUGAGGCGCAGCGGGGCCCGGGCCAGGUGGUCUCUUCUGAGGAGUCCGGCAGGAAGGAGCCCUCCAGUUACUCCUACCAGCAGAUCAACUGCCUGGACGGGAUCAUCCGGUAUCUGGAAAGCUACAACAUCCCCAGCCGGGUGAAGCGGAAAUGCGGCUCCUCCUCAUACACCGGCUCGUCCAACUCCGACGACGACAAACAGCGGGCAGGCCGGGAGGCGGCUGGCUCGGCAAAAGAUGCGGCGGAGGAAAUGCUGCCCAGCUGGUCCAGGAGGGAGGAGGAGGAGCCCGCCGCGGCGGUGGGACCCGCGCUGGCCCCGCUGGCUUUGCCCAGCAAAGCCGAAAGCGUGGUGUCCCUCACCAGUCAGUGUAGCUUCAGCAGUACCAUCGUCCACGUGGGAGAUAAGAAAGCCCCGGAAUCGGACACGGCGAUGCUGGAGGAGGGCCCCGCGCCCCCCGACCGGGAGCAGUACCGCCGCGUGGGGCUCACCAAGGAGGUGCUGUCCGUGCACACCCAACAGGAGGAGCAGGCUUUCCUGACCCGCUUCCAGGAGCUCAGCCGUCUCCAUGUCUUCGACGCGCCAGCCGGGCGCAGCCGUCAGGAGGGGCCGGGCGCCGAGCCAGGGCACCGCGGCCCGCGGCGGGGUGCCGGCCGGCGCGGCAAAUCCAAGGCCAAGCGUGUCAAGCAGCACCAGACGUCCGACAGCACCGGCUCCCCGCCUCCCCCCGGCCCCUGGCCCCCCUCGGCCACCUCCCUGCCCUUCCCCGCCGUGCUGCCUGUCUUUCCGCCCAGCCAACCCCCUGCCGAGCCUGCCCCCCACUUCCCCGCCCCCCUGGUGGCCCCCGUGGUGGCCCUGAUGCUCCCCAACUAUGUCCUGCCUCCGCCGUACUUCCCAGCCCCCUUCGGGGAGCCCUUUGGCCCCCGCCUGCCCGGCCCCCCCGAGGCCUCGCGCUCCACCACGCCCGAGCGGCCCGACUCGCCCCCCUUCGACUCCCGCUGCAGCUCCCCGCUCCAGCUCAACCUCCUGCAGAUGGAGGAGGCCCCCAAGGCGGCCGAGUGGCAGGAGGCGCCCGGUGGCCAGGCUGGCGGGACGCCGGGUGCUGUCGAGCUCGGCCCUCAGAAAGAAACCGGCCUGGCGGAAGGUCAGGACUCGUCCAACAACGAUGCCCUGUCCAGCUCCAGCGACCUGCUGGACCUGUUGCUGCAGGAGGACUCGCACUCGGGGACCGGCUCGGCCGCCUCGGGUAGCGGCUCCGUGCGCAGCGGCUCCAACGGCUGCAGCACCUCAGCCAGCGGCACCACCAGCAGCAAAAGCAGCCACACCAGCAAAUACUUCGGCAGCAUCGACUCGUCGGAGGCAGAGCGGGCGAGGCAGCCGCCGGGCAGGGUGGGGGCCGGCGAGCAGUUCAUCAAGUACGUGCUGCAGGACCCCCUCUGGCUGCUCAUGGCCAACACUGACGAGAAGGUCAUGAUGACCUACCAGCUGCCUGACCGCCCCGUGGCCGCUGUGCUGCAGGCCGACCGGGAGAAGCUGCGGGAGAUGCAAAAGCAGCAGCCGCGCUUCACGGAGGAGCAGAAGAAGGAGCUGGCCGAGGUGCACCCUUGGGUGAAGAAGGGUCUGCUGCCCAAGGCCAUCAACGUCAUGGCUUGUGUGGACUGCGGCAGUAACCCGGCCUCCCGCCUGGCACCUCUCUACGACACGGAGCCGCACGCCAUGGAGCUGAGCGCCACGCUGGAGCCCAUGGAGGAGGGCAGCGGCGCCCCCCCCUGCCUGGACAUGGCCAUGGAGGAGGAGGAGGCGGGGCAGCCGGCCCGGCCCGAGGCGGGCUCCGAGAACGCUGGCUGAGGCCCCUGCCCGUCUUACCGCACACUGCCAGGCAGCGCCGGCUGCCCCUCGGAGCCAGGCACCCACAUGGGAUGGACCAGAAGUGCCGACCCGGCCUUGGCCCCGGGACUCAGCCAGGUCGAGCGCAGAGCCGAGCCGGGCCCCGCUCCGGACCCUACCCUGCCCGCGGGCGCCCCCCGGAGGCCGGAGCUGGCCCUGCGCAGGGUGGAGUAUUUAUUUUUGGAAGGUUUUUUUUGUAUGAAAAGGCGGGACAAUAAAC